UUGUUUGAAAGAUGAGCUGGAAAUAAUGCGAGACGUUACAAAAAAUGCGAGAAAGUAUAUGCUGUUGAGCAUCACGAGUAUUACGCCUGUUUCACGCCGUGUUCUGUGUCAAGUCAUGGAGUUUUUGUGUUAAGUGACAAAAUGUGCCACCAAAUCUGGACAUAAUCGCGCUCAUUUGAGCGCUCUCGUCUUUCAAGAGAUGUCAUUGCAUUAAAGUGUCUUGAUGUCUACGCCGUGACAUUUGGUAUCGUGAAAACAAACGGCCCUUGGAAUGGAAUGUGUUCUGUUACUCGGUAUGAGUCAUAGUAGUAGGCGAAACUAGAGGUUAAGGAGAGAAAAUGAAGUGACACGUUACUUGUAGAUUUGGUUAAUCAAAUACCAUCGGAAUGAAUAUAAAGUGUGGAAGCUAACCGAGAAAGUGGACUACAGAACUCCGAAAAAAUGCCACUGCAAAGGCCAUUUAACUUGUAAAUCAACAAGGACUGUCAUAAAGUAUUUAGUAAUAAUGUGGGAUGUUUUCUCCUUAGAGAAGUGACUUGAAACUUAUACCAAGUUCUUUACUUAGCACGUCUCGUGUUAGUGAUUUAUGAAAUUCAAACUGUUCGAAAACACGUGAUUUUGGUGUAAAUAAUAAAUUGUUAAUGAUGUUGACAUCUCCAGCACGAGUAACAUGCGCCCAAGAAAGUUGCAUUCCAUCAUUUGAUGUGGAAAGCAAGCUGGAAGCAAGAUUUGAAUGUCCCAUUUGCCUUCAGUGUUUGCAAGACCCACUUCUGACAUCAUGUGGACAUCGGUUUUGUAAAGAGUGUAUUAAUGCAUGGCUGAAGCAGAAGGGAGGUACAUGUCCUGUGGAUGGCCAGGUUUUAAAUGAAGAGACUGACUUAUUUCCAGAUAAUUUCACCCGAAGAGAAAUUAAUGAUUUGGAAGAAAGAGCCUCACAAAAUCAUUCUCAGAAGGAUGAUGGAGAUGUAAAUCAUGGUGGAAUGGUAGAAUGCAAUUUUCGAGAUGUGGGCUGUCUUGAAACACUUCCUGAGAAAGAUUUACCUACUCAUCUGGAAACACAUCUUCAUAGUCACCUUAGUCUCCUUAGCGCUGCUUACGGUAAAUUGAAAAUAUCGGUUCAAAAUCAACAAAUGGCAACCAAAUCCCAUGAAGCCAGCUUCUGGGACCCUGGAACCAAAGGACAUUCUGGAGAAAAUGGUGUGUGUGAGGAAUCUUCCCCUUGGCAAGGUUUGAUGCGUUCUUUGUAUGAAAGAAUUGUGGUCCUGGAACAACGAAAUCAUGAACAAGAGAUUCAGUUGGAAAAUUUAAAGCGACAGCUUUCUUCAGUGUCAGCAACAUCCUCUGCAGGAAUUGAAAGACUUUCACAAGAUUUAUCUUUAAAAUAUUGUGGUGGUGUUCUUGUUUGGACUGUGAGUGAUAUAUCUGAAAAACUUGAAAAAAUGCUUUCAUUACCAAAUGCUUUUAUGGAAUAUAGUCCAAGCUUUUACACUUCUCCCAGUGGCUACAGAUUUUGUGCACGUCUCAAUAUCUCACCAAAGGAACGUGAUCAUCUAGCUUUGUUGAUUCAUUUGAAGAGAGGCGACAAUGAUCAGUUUCUUGAUUGGCCAUUUAGUGGGCGAAUUAGUUUCACUCUGAUAAAUCAUUUGUAUCCUCAUCUACAUUUGCACGAGACAAUGAUGUCUAGACCAGAACUCGAUGCUUUCAAACGCCCUAUUGCAGAUUUGAAUCCUCGAGGAUUUGGUUACACAGAAUUUCUAUCUGUGUAUGAUUUGAGACAUCAAGGUUUCAUAUAUGAUAACAGAAUUGUCAUCAAGAUUCAAGUACAGUGUGUGUGAUUUAAUAAAAGCAGCAAUAAUCCUUGUGUUGUAGCAUAUCCGUCCAUAAGAAUGCAGUGCAUUUAACAAUUUUAAAUGAAAUUGUGUUUCAGUAUGUAUUUUUGCAGUAUUUUGUGAAAAAAAUCCUGUUUUAUUAUUUUUGAAGAUAAAAACUAUAUAAAUAUGUGGAUUUUCUUAUGUUGGCACUAUGGUAUUGUAUCUAUGGUUAAAAUAUACAGAUAUUUCAAGAUCAUAUUCCUAAUCUCCUACUGAUAUAUAACAUUAAGGAAAACAUUACACUCGAACAGCUUUUAGCUCGAACAUCAAAUUUGUUCAGUAAUGUUAAUUCAGGGAUCCAGAGCCCAAGGGUUAUUAGUGGAUUUUUGGCAAAUUGAGUUAGUUUUUACUUUACAGUCUAGUCCUAUUUUAUUUUGUGAACAAACAGUAUUCCAAUAACUCAAAGUUGUGGUGGUGGAAAGAAAAUGCCUGUAUUUUCUGUCACUUGCCUUUGAACUCUUACUUUCUGCAAUACAUGAAGGGUAUUAUUCCCUUGUGCUCUAAGCCCCUCAAUUGUGUUCUGCUAUUGACCUGUCAUUGCUCUUGUUUAGUUUUGUUGUCCACUGGAAGGUUAGAUUUUAUCAUCCCAUAUCAGUGUUGUAUUUAUUACUGUAUGGAUAAAAUGCAUCCAUUAAUAUUGGGGGGGAGGGAACAAAAAACUAUUCUAUUCUAUGUGUAGGUAACUAUUCUAUUCACGUGUAGGUUUAACAAUACCUAACUUGU